AUGGCUGCACGCAUCGAAGAAGGUCUUGCGACGCCGGCGCUGAUCUCCCCGCCAGAGUCCAAGACGCCCCCGACUGCCACACACAAGCGCAGCCAGUCUGCGUUUGCGCCCAGCACACGCGAUCGAGGCUCAGAGCCAGUAGAUGCCUCGGCACUAUCAAAAGCACUGGAGCAGUUUGAGCAGGCUGGGCGAGUGCGAGAGCGGACGCCAACAACCAGCCCCAGCCGAAAGCGCCCGCGAAUAUACGGCGACAGAUUCAUUCCAAACCGCGCGGGCCAAGACCUCCAGGCCAGCUUCAACCUCCUCCACGACGACGGAUCACCCGCAACGCCUUCCAAGGCACGGCGCGCUCCCCAUAAUGAGCUGCACUUCCAAAAAACCGAAGAAGCGAACCGCACAUACUCUGCGGUGCUGCGCCAGGAGAUGUUCGAGGGCUCUGUACCACAAUCACUAUCUCAACGCUUAUCUCCGUCAGAUAGUGGUAACACACGGACGGGAGCUCGCUCACACACUCCCCCAGCCAGGACCACAAUAUCACUACCACCACCACCCACGCUAACCCCAUCCACUCCACACAAGAAUCUUUUCUCCUACUCAGGGCAACCAACACCAUCACGGACACCUUCAAGUCGACAGGGCGUACUCAAUCUCAAUGCGCGCUCCGAUCUCUAUAGUCUUUCGCCCAUCAAGUAUAGCAGUCAGCGCAUGCUGCUCAGUCCCCAACGAGCGCCACGGGCUGUCUCCAAAGUACCGUACAAGGUCCUAGAUGCACCAGAUCUCGCCGAUGACUUUUACCUCAAUCUUGUCGACUGGGGCAGUCAAGGCACUCUUGGCGUUGGGCUGGGGUCAUGCGUGUACAUGUGGAAUUCUAGCAGUGGCCGGGUGACUAAGCUUUGCGAACUGGCUGAUGACUCGGUCACGAGCGUGAACUGGAUACAACGAGGUUCACAUAUAGCCAUUGGCACAAAUCGAGGUCAGGUGCAGAUCUGGGACGCCCAAACUCAACGUCGGCUACGCACGAUGACUGGCCACACUGCUCGUGUCGGCGCCCUUGCGUGGAACGAGCACAUCCUCACAUCAGGGUCAAGAGAUCGAACUAUAUACCAUCGCGAUGUUCGACAACCAGAACAGUGGUUCCGCAAGCUUGUUGGGCACAAGCAAGAGGUCUGUGGGUUAAAAUGGAACCACGAGGACCAGCAGCUCGCUUCUGGAGGAAACGACAACAAACUCAUGGUCUGGGAAAAACUCAACGAAGAGCCUACUUUCAAGUGGAGCGAACACCAAGCCGCCGUCAAAGCCAUUGCUUGGAGCCCACAUCAGCGCGGACUUUUGGCCAGUGGUGGUGGUACCGCAGACCGAACGAUCAAAUUCUGGAAUACAUUAAUAUCGCCCAACGGCCCCUCGGCCUCCUCACUAGCCGCCGCAUCAGCCGCAGCAUCCGCUUCAAGCACCAGCAACGUGCCAAUAUCCCCCAUGGCACCCGCAAACCUGAUAAACAGCCUCGACACAGGCAGUCAGGUGUGCAAUCUCGCGUGGUCGAAGAACAGCAACGAAAUCGUCUCCACACACGGCUACAGCCAGAACCAGAUCAUCGUCUGGAAAUACCCCAGCAUGCAGCAGGUCGUCUCCCUAACAGGUCACACAUACCGCGUCCUCUACCUAGCGAUGAGUCCAGACGGCCAGGUCAUCGUGACAGGCGCCGGCGACGAGACACUCCGCUUCUGGAACGCGUUCAAGAAAAAGGAACGCACCGGCGGCCUCAGCAGCAUGGACAGCUGGGGCGUUAUCCGCUAG